AUGGCCUCCCCCGGUGAGGAAAAAAUGAAGGGUUGUCGCCCUAAACUUUUCGGUGCCAAGGAGAAGAAAUCUGCAAAGAGGACCGACAGUCCAGGCUGCAAUGCAGCACAUGAGCUUGGACCAAGUCCUUCUAAGACAGUAUCAGCUUCCCCCUUGAGAACACUUUCAGGAGUUAAGAGCAUACGUCUCAGCCAUUUCCUGGCCCAACCUUCUUCUAUUAAUAGAACAACUGAGCCCGUCAGGUACAACAAUGGAAGUUUCAUAUUCUGUCAUUUUCCCAUCCUUUUUUGCCAACAUACUAGAUUCUCCACUCUACUUUCAUUGAACAGAAUUUUUGUCUCUACCUGGAACGUCGGUGGGAAAGCACCUACUGCUGAACUGAACAUGGAUGAUUUUGUUCCACCUGAUGAUCGUUCAGAUAUUUAUGUGUUGGGUUUUCAGGAAAUUGUUCCUCUCAAUGCUGGUAAUGUGCUUGUGAUAGAAGACAAUGAACCAGCUGCAAGGUGGCUUGUUCUUAUAAACCAAGCACUAAACCGGCCAGCUGAUAAUGAUACCAAUGUCUUUCAGCAUCCGACAUCUCCAUCUGUUGAUUCUACUUCAUCUCGAGCUUCUUCAAGCCUUGACACUUCAUUCUCUGAAUUAACAAAAACAGCAAGUGGUUCCACAAUCUUCCAGAAAUCUUCCCUCAAAGCCAUUAGAAAACCUUUCAUGCCAAUGCAGAGAAAACGGCUUAAGGCCUGCAACUGCCCAGCAGAAAUGAUCAAAUCAUCGUACAGGGAUGCUUGCUUUCGGCGCCCGAAAAAACAUGCUGGCGAGACUGAUUCCUCAGGAGAGGAAGAGAAAGAGAACACGAGGGAUUCUUGCGGCUCUGUGCUAAGUGAAGUAACUUCCGCUCCCACCGCAAGGGAUCAGCUAAAAUAUAACCUCAUAGUAUGCAAACAAAUGGUUGGAAUUUUUGUCACUGUGUGGGUAAAGAAAGAACUAGUGCAACACAUCGGCCAUCUAAGAACGUCUUGCAUAGGGCGAGGAAUUCUGGGCUGUCUUGGAAACAAGGGAUGUAUAUCAGUAAGCAUGACAGUGCACCAGACAAGCUUUUGUUUCAUCUGCAGCCAUUUGGCUUCAGGUCAGAAAGAAGGGGACGAAUUCAGAAGAAACUCUGAUGUUCUAGAGAUAAUGCGGCUCACACUGUUUUCGAGGCUUUGCAGGAGAAUUGGGCGAAGAAUUCCUGAGAAAAUUCUUGAGCAUGAUAAGGUGAUAUGGUUUGGGGAUUUGAACUACCGUAUUGCACUGAGCUAUGAAGAUACAAAAAGGCUUUUGACGGAAAAUAAUUGGGAUGCCCUUUUCGAAAAGGAUCAGCUAAAAAUUGAACGAGAUGCCGGACGAGUGUUCAGGGGAUGGAAUGAGGGGAAGAUAUAUUUUGCUCCCACAUACAAGUACUCCUCUAACUCGGAUGCAUAUGCUGGUGAGACUGCAACAUCAAACAAAAAGAGGAGAACGCCAGCAUGGUGUGAUAGAAUAUUGUGGCAAGGUGACGGCACUUCACAGUUGUCCUACUACCGUGGAGAGUCCCGAUUUUCAGAUCAUCGUCCUGUCUGUGGAACCUUCAUUGUCGAAGUUGAGGCACUAAACAGAAAGACAAAGAGGCGCUCAUCUAAUGCUGACAUGAAAAUCGGUGCUGAAGAGCUUUUACCAACGGACAAGAAUAAGGGUAAAGGUACUGCACUUCUUCACACACAGUGGUCAUUUUCUAAUCUUUCAUAUCCCAAAUUUUGGCCUAGAACAGGUGUGUAUGUCAAGGCCAAUACAAAGUGA